AUGACUACUUCACUACUUCAAAUUGGCGAGCAACUUACCCGAGCAAUCAUACCCGUGAUCAUUGUUAUCGGUGUUGUUGGCAAUUCUCUCAAUAUUGCUGUACUUGCUCGGCGUGCUCUGUAUCAUCAUGCAUGUUCGCGUUAUUUCCUCGCUGUUGCGAUCAAUAAUCUACUUUUUUCCGGUAUCUUCCUUACCUAUCGUUUAUCAGUCAAUGGAUAUCAGGAUGAUCUGGCUAAUUAUACUGGGAUUUCAUGCAAAAUUAUUACUUAUAUUGCUACUGUAAGUUCAUUUAUUUCACCUUAUUUGAUUGUAUUUGCAUCAGUGGAUCGGUAUUGCGCCAGUUCAGCAAAUGCUCAGAUACGUCGACUGAGUUCUGUUCGAAUAAGUAAAUGGAUCAUCUGUACUGUUAUCAGUGUUUUUGCAUUGUUUUUCAUCCAUAUUCUGGUGCUGUUCGAUUUACAGCCAGCAUUUGGAUUUAUAUGUGCACUACAAACAAAUACCAUCUACAAUCAAAUAUACAUAACUGCACAAGUUUUUCUGUAUGCUCUGUUUGCGCCUGGUUUCAUGAUGAUUUUUGGUCUGAUGACUAUUCGAAAUACAACUCGAACACGUGUAGUUCCAUUAGCAACGUCACGUUUUAAUCGUACUGAACAUCAACUGGCUCGGAUGCUUUUUCUUCAAGUGAGCGUAUAUAUUUUGCUCACUCUACCAUCGAGUGUCAUUUAUCUGAUAUCGAUUUUAUCAAACACAAUUAGUAGUGGAAUUGCUUUCUCCUUUUCAGCUACAGUUUGUCAAUUACUUUUUGAUUUUUCCUAUGGUUCGUCCUUCUUUUUAUAUCUUUUAUCAAGUCAUACCUAUAGAAAAGAACUAAUGCUCUUGGUACGCAAAACAUUGAGAAUCCGGUGUAGUAAUCAAGUUGGACGUUUAGACACAGAUAAUGUCAAUCUACGAGUCGCAGUGUCAGCUUAUCCGCAAUCAACAGCUUAA